ACCCAUUUUCUCUCAGUAUUCGUCUUAACUUUUCAUUCCAAAAGCUCUUACAUUUCUACUUCGAUUUGCCUUUUUUCUGGUCCCCUAAUUUCUGCUUUUGGGUUUUCUGCUCUCUACCUUUUUUUUUUAUCUUUUUCUCCGUAACUUUUAAUGGAUUUAACAGGUGAGAUGCAAGGGAAAAAUGGAAAACCCAAGCUUCUUGAUCAAGCCUUUUCUGUCUUUUUUGUGCAGCUUCCUAACAAACUUCAAAACCAUCUUAAGUCACAGUUCAAGGGAUUAGCAAAAGAUAAUGAUGGAUUUGAAUCUGCGAACUCUUUUCUCGAGAAGGAGAAGGGUUCAUUUGCUGGAUUGAGGAUUGAUCUGGAGAAACAAUUGCAAGCUUGGAGAGAAAAUCCUUCAUGGGUCAAUCAACCUCCAGAAAUAAAGGUUAGUGUGCCAAAAGGUUCUCUUUGCAACCUUAAGGCGAAACUUGAUGUUGGGUUGCCCCCAGAUGCAGUGUAUGAUAUUUUAACUGAUCCUGAUAGUAAGAGAAUUUUCAAGAACAUUAAGGAAGUGAUAUCUAGAAAGGUUUUAGUUGAUGAAGGUCAAAGACAGGUGGUUGAGGUGGAGCAAGCUGCUUUGUGGAGAUUCCUUUGGUGGUCAGGUACCAUCUCAGUUCGUGUUCUAGUGGAUCAAAACCGAGAAGAUCACUCGAUGAAGUUCGAACAAGUAAACACAGGAUUCAUGAAGAAGUUUGAAGGUCAGUGGAGAAUAGAACCUGUUUUUGUGGAUGAGGAAACCUGUUUUCCUUUCAAACCUAAAACAUUGGCAGAGUAUUGUUCAUGUAGUGGGGGUAAAGGAAGGAUUGGGUCAAAGGUGAGCUUGGACCAACUGGUUCAACCAGCCAUUGUCCCUCCCCCACCCAUUUCUUGGUAUUUAAGGGGAAUUACUGCCAAGACCACUGAGAUGUUGAUACAUGAUCUAGUUGCUGAAGCUGACAGACUCACAGGUGGCCGUCAAUCUGACUCUAAAACUUCGAGCAAGGAGUUUAGAUUAUCUAAGGAACUAAACGAAUAUGACCCAGUUAAGCAAAUAUUCAACAUUAAACAAAGAUGGAGCUUACAUAGGAGAAAUGCAAAGCAGCAUCGUAAGAAGUUGUUGAGUGUAUAAUCAUCUAAUUUUUUAUUACUUUAAUUUCAUUUGAAAUCUGUUGUUUCAAUGUUUAUAUAUGCUAAGUAUGACUCCUAUUUCAAUCAAAUUUGAUAAAUAAUCUUCUAGUUAAA